CUUCUUCCUCUUCUGCAGCUGUUGUUGAGCACACCUUCAAUGUGCAAAAUCUGACAGUAAAUAUGCUGUGUAAAAGGCAAGUUAUAUCUGCUGUAAAUGGAAUGCUGCCAGGGCCAACAAUUCAUGUGAACGAGGGUGACACUCUCAUUGUCCAUGUCUUCAAUAAGUCUCCACACAACCUAACCAUCCACUGGCAUGGAAUUUUGCAAUUACUGACCGCGUGGUCGGAUGGACCCGAAUACGUAACCCAAUGCCCGAUCCGACCCGGAGAGAGCUACACAUACAAGUUCACUAUUACCCGGCAGGAGGGUACCCUCUGGUGGCACGCACACGCCUCGUGGAUACGGGCAACCGUCUACGGAGCCCUAAUUAUCCGACCCAGAUCCGGCCGUCCAUAUCCAUUUCCAAAGCCCGCCGGAGAAGCCCUAAUUACUCUCGGGGAAUGGUGGAAUGCAGAUGUUGUUGAAGUACAGAGAGAGCCACUGCCGACAGGCGGUGUUCCAAACGUGUCCGACGCUUACACCAUUAAUGGCCGACCAGGAGACCUCUAUCCUUGCUCUUGGGAACCAGAGACAUUCAGACUGAGAGUCCGGCCGGGGAAGACGUACCUGCUCCGAAUAAUCAACGCUGCACUCAAUAACCAUCUGUUUUACAAAAUAGCCAAUCACAGGAUGACAGUUGUCGCCGUCGACGCCUCCUACACCGACCCCUACGUCACCAACGUCGUCGUCAUAGCUCCAGGGCAGACCACCGACGUCCUGCUCACCGCCGACCAGAGUCUCGGCCAGUAUUACAUGGCAGCACAUCCUUACGUCAGCGCCGCCGCCGCCGGAAUUAUAUUCGACAACACGACGACCACCGGAAUCAUCGAGUACGAAGGCAGCGAGCCGUCGACCCUCAUCAUGCCGAUCCUCCCUGCCUUCAACGACACCCCGACAGCUCACCGGUUCUACACCAAUCUGACAGGCCUGGUAAGAAGCCCGUUCUGGACGCCCGUUCCCGUCGACGUGGACGAGCACUUGUUCGUCGCCAUGGGGCUGGGGCUGUCGCCGUGCGACCUCCCCGGGAACUUGUCGUGCCGGAGCCUGUUCGGGCAGAAGAUUGCAGCCAGUAUGAACAACGAGUCGUUUCAAUUACCGACAAAACUGUCGAUGCUUGAGGCGUUCUUUAAAAACGUGAGUGGGAUAUACACCACCGAUUUUCCGGCCACUCCGCCACUGGUUUUCGACUACACCAACACCAACCUCAGCUUCGAUCCAGCCCUGCUGAUGACCACAAAAUCGACUAAAGCCAAGAAGCUGAGGUUCAAUUCAACUGUCGAGCUUGUGAUACAGAACACAGCUCUCAUCGCAGCUGAGAAUCACCCCAUCCACUUGCAUGGGUUCAAUUUCCACGUCUUGGCACAGGGAUUUGGGAACUUUAAUCGCCAGGUCGACUCGAAGAAAUUCAACUUUGAAAACCCGCAAGAACGUAACACAAUUGCUGUUCCGAUUGGGGGGUGGUCUGUUAUCAGAUUUAGAGCAAACAAUCCUGGAGUUUGGUUGAUGCAUUGCCAUUUAGAUGUACACGUAGAUUGGGGCAUGUCGAUGGCCUUCGAGGUGGAAAAUGGACCCACGCCGUCAACAAGGCUGCCUCCGCCGCCGCCAGAUCUUCCAACAUGUUGAUCAGAUAUAAUCUCACCUGUUCAUUUUAUUGCCUAUGUCGAAUGCUCAUACUUUGCUUCACUCAUAUAACAAAAUCAUUCUUCAAAAAUACAAUACAUCUUAUUGCCAUGUUUGAAUGGG